AUGACACCGAGUGAUCAAAUGCUGCCGCCAAUUGUCAUUACUCUAGACAGUUCGUCGCCAGAACUCGGUGCACCGUCAACGUCUCCGAUGCCGACGCCGGUCAAGACACGAAUCCUGUAUUGUCGAAAAUGCGAAGGUCAUGGCGAGAAAGUGAUCCUGAAGAAUCAUGCACCAAGCUGCCCGUACAUACUCUGCGUAUGUAAAUCGCUAGGGUUCUCGUUGGAUACGUGA